AUGGCUCCUACUCGGGCUUUGAUCAUCGACGACUCUGACCUUACUCAUACGACAUCAUCUGUCGACUCGGUCUCUGUCAAGAUAUCACUGCCAAUGCCACUGGUCAAAGGAAGAAGCAAGCGGUCCUCGGGUGCUUCCGCACUCACUCUGCGCAGGAGAAGUCGUACCUCACGCGGCGCCGAACAUGUACAUGACAUCACGCCGACGAAGGAGGACUCCCCUGCGAGACGAACGGGCGACUCGCGACGGCCUGACAACUUCGUCAUCUUCGACGACGCGGACUGCGUAGACUUGGAAGCUGAACUGCAGAAAGAUUGCUAUGUCACUUCCCUCUCACCGUCAGCCACGCAAGACCUGGAUUACGAGAUCAUUCAAGUAGUCUACGAAGACGACGCGAAACCUAUAUCAACCCUGUCAAGUCCCGCGGUCGUGGACCUCACGAAGCCCCUGGACACCUACAGCGCCUGCACUGAACCUUGCCCACCGUACUCUCUGGAGCCUAUUUUUGAGGAAUCUAUCGACGCCAGUUGCUUAUCGGGCGCUGGUUGGCUCUCUCCCGAUCAUCAUAGUGUCGCGGAUGACUCUCGCUGCUGUAGUGCUUCCGACACGAGCAUUGACACCCUCGCCGACGGCGGCUCUCUCCGCCUCCCGGAAGGAUUCCUUGACAAUCUUGAGGAGAUGGAGCGCCUCCUCGCCCUCCACUCCCGCGCGAAGCCCCGCGCACGCACUGCUUCUCUGAACUCGAAGGAGAACGCGCCGGUCGACAGGAGCGUCAGCUGCAGUAUGACUACGACCUCUAUCGACACGCUCGCGGAGGGCGGCGAGCCCAAGCUUCCCCCGGGGUUUUUCGAGAACCUGCAAGAGAUGGAGCAGCUCAUUACCUCGCACUCUGGCCAGAACGAGCACAAGAACGAAGCCCCGUCUCGUCCAUCAAGACAGUUGCCUACGAUUAUAGUGACGAAACCUCAACGGCGCAUCGUCCGCCGCGAAUCGAAUGUCAUCUUCAGCGGCUCGUCAGCCGUGUUGACAAAGCAACUGGACUACGACUAUAUGGAUGAGAUGGUAUACGAUGAGGACACGUCCUACAGCGGGGACUACGCCCCCUGUGUCCCACCACAAUACGCAGAUUUCCUGCAAGUCCCGUCGGUCGACUUCCGCGGACGUAUCAUCGGACACGAUGAGGAAGAAGACGAGGAAGAAGAAGUCACCUUCAAAGCCCCCAUCAUUCGCGUCCUGCUCAAGAAGCCGCGGUUCAACGGGCUCGACGGUCUACGCUCACUGGUCACCCGCCUACGAAGGAGACGUCCUUCAUCACUGGCAGUGGAUGAACUCAUGGAGAUUAUAGACGAGGAUGAUCUCGUGGAAGAAGACGAAUACUAG